GCUCAUAAACUGUCACCAGUCACUGUCAUCGCUAACUUGUAUAGUUUGUUGAUUGAAAUGUUUAUUUGUGAAGAAAUUUAGUAAAUAGAAACAAAUGGCCCCAAAAUUAAAAUUUGCAGAAGGUGAAAAAGUUUUAUGUUUCCACGGGCCGCUCAUUUACGAGGCAAAAUGUCUGAAAAGCUCUGUCACUAAAGACAAACACGUUCGUUAUUUAAUACAUUACGCUGGAUGGAAUAAAAAUUGGGACGAAUGGGUUCCUGAAAGCCGCGUACUGAAAUACAAUGAAGCCAAUGUCCAGAGACAGAAGGAAGUGCAGAGAGCACAUUCAGCACAGCCUGCUAAGACCAAAAAGACGCCUGCCAAAGGUCGUAAAUCCGAAGCAGCUGCAAGCUCCACACCAGCCAGAGAAGAAUCUAGAGCCUCUACACCAGCUGGUAAAGAUGUUGAAACCAGUUCCACAUCUGCCAAAGCAACUAAAACACAAAACAAGGAUCCACCAGCUGACUCUGGCUCCGACCAGCCUAAGAAAAAACGAGGACGCUUAGAUCUCUCGAUAGAAUCUGAAGAGCAGUAUCUGGCGAAGGUCGAGGUGAAAAUAAAGAUUCCAGAGGAAUUGAAAGUGUGGCUCGUAGACGACUGGGACGUCAUCACGAGACAGCAAAAGCUGGCCAUACUACCGGCCAAAUUGACUGUCGCUCAAAUCGUGGACAAUUAUCUAGCUUUUAAGAAAUCUAGUAAACUACACAAUCAAGCGAAGGAAUCGGUGCUAGUUGACAUAACGGAAGGAAUUAAAGAGUAUUUCAACGCAACAUUGGGGUCACAACUACUGUAUAAAUUCGAAAGGCCGCAGUAUAGCGAAAUACUCCAAGAGUAUCCGGAUACUCCAAUGUCCCAAGUAUACGGGUCGAUACAUUUGCUACGAUUGUUUGCCAAAAUGGGACCAAUGCUGGCGUACACUGCGCUAGAUGAGAAGUCUCUGCAGCAAGUGUUGACGCAUAUACAAGACUUUUUGAAAUAUAUGGUCACCAACAGGUCGACCCUGUUCAAUUUACAAGACUAUGGGAAUGCAACUCCCGAAUAUCAUAGGAAAGUUCAGUAGUUAUAAGUAUUGCGUGAUGAUUAAUGUGUAUCGAUAAUAAAUAAGUGAUAAUUGA